CACCACUACAAAGAGACACUUCGCUCACUUCUUGUCCACUCAACCACAGAAUUUGUGCGACUGAGUGUUCUAGAGCCCGUCAUUUGCAUUCUCUUUCGAUCCAAAUUGCUCGCGUAUUUCUCACAGGCGCGCCAUAAAACUGCUCCAUUUGGCUGCACGCGUUUUACAGCAGACGCGUCUUGUUAUCUGUCAAUAUCGCGAUCACAACUACUCAUCCACCAUGGGCGUCUAUCGAGUUGAAGCGUCGCCCAACGCUAGAGCUGGAUGCCAUGCCACAGAGUGCAAGAAAGCUGCAGUCAAGAUCGCCAAGGGCGAAUUUCGCUACGCGAUUCAAGUCACUAUCCAAGAGCAUCAGAGCUGGCAGUACCGACACUGGGGAUGCGUGACACCGAAGCAGAUUGAGAACCUGAUCGAGACGAGCGGAGGUGAUACGGAAAUGGUCGAUGGUUAUGAUGAGCUUCCCACAGAGUUUCAAGAGAAGAUCCAGUUCGCACUUGAAAACGGCCAUGUGCCUGAUGAGGACUGGAAAUAUGACGUGGAGAAGAACCGACCAGGCCAGAAUGGCUUCCGUCUGACCAAGGGUGAAUUAACCAAGAAGGCUAAGGAAGCCGCUGCAGACGACGACGAAGAUAGCGAGAAGCCCAAGAAGAAGCGUGGUCGCAAGGCCAAGACUGAGGACAACGACGAGGAAAAGACCACUGCUCCUAAGAAGCGUGGACGACCCGCUAAGAAGGAAGACGUCGAUGAAGAAGAUGCACCUGCCCCCAAGAAGCGCGCACGAGCUACCAAGAAGGAGGAGGCUAACGAGGACGAGGACGCUCUUCCGCCUAAGCAGGCGAGGGCUCGCAGGGGCAAGAAGGUUGAGUACAAUGAGGACGAGAACGACGAAGACGAGGCACCCCCGCCGAAGAAGGCUAGAGGCAAGGCUAAGAAGGCUGCAGUCAAGGAGGAGUCUGAAGUCGAGGAGGAGGAAGAGGCUCCCAAGCCAAAGCGUGCCAAGAAGACUGCUGCUGCUGCUGAUGACGGCGAGGCCAAGGUGCCUCAAAAGAAGGGCAGGAAGAAGAAGGCUCCUACGCAGGAUGAGUAGAGAUCAUCCUACCUCUCAACUUGCCGUCAGGUCGCCUAGUAGCUCGGAGUCAUCUACCCAGGUGCUGUUUGCUUUCUUUUCCUUUGUUUCAUGCUACUGGCAAGGCGACGCUAAAUAUUGUGCUUUGAAUUGCAACAAUCCAUUGCGCAAUGACCUCGAUCAUCUAGUCUCAGCCUAUUCAGCGUGUGUAAUAUAGAUACCCGUCCUCUGCGAUACAUAUGGUCUGAGAUUUGCGUCUUCUGGCAUUGGCGGUCAAUAAUCAACUGUCACGAGAUAAGUUCAGUAAUAUUACAUGUCGUUUUCAGCCUCCC